UGCCAUCCCGUACAUGCUUGAUUUAAUGUUAUCUUGGGAUGAGAAGAAUGACAGUAUUUGAAAAAAAACGAACCCACUUCGAGAUCUUGAAAGGACUUGGAUCGAAAAGGAACGGUGACACACGAUAAUUUUCUACUUCAGGGGUUGAGGGCCCGUCCACGAAAUAAGCCUUCGAUUGGUAACAAACCCGUGAGAAUUUUUGGCGAGUCUCCGGUGAUUUUGAUUUGGAAAACCGUACGAACCAACCGAAAAGUGUUUGUGGCGGGAAGAAAAAUCAUGGUUCGUUCGUUUCGUGGACUGCAAGAGUACGAGUGCGAGUGCGUUCGGUACCGUACCGUACCGUACGGCACCGGUUCCUUGGUACAGUACCGUACAGCAAUCCCAAUACAGCAGUGUCCCCGACGCGGGAACUCGCACGGUGCGUACGGUACGAUACGUACGCAUUCGGUUGUGGUGGUGCGUACCAUGCGGUUCGGUACGAGGUGGUUCGGGACGGACGGGACGGCCGGCAUAGAACGAGGUGUGCCAAAGCAAAAGGACGACGACGCACGCACUCCCACCGGUACGGUACCGUGCGGUGCGGUGGCUCGAAUGCCGCGCCGCGGAACAGGCCUGCCGAUGCAGUAACGAGAGCAAGAACCAACCCAACCGAGCACGGGCUCGGCGGGCAAAGCCGGAAGGCAUGCACCGUACCGUGCCGUGCCGUGGCAUACCGUAGCAUGCAAAGCCUCGCCAGUGCCCGGCACCCUCCGUACGGCAUCGCACGGCGCUGCCAUGGAGUGCUUUUCCCGGGGUCGCGUCCCAUCGCAUUGCAUCGCAUCGCAUCGCAUCCCACGGUGGCCCACCGCCGGAUGAUUUCUUUCGUCCGGAGCACGGAUCCGGCCCCGCCCGAGACACCCGGCACCAAGCAACAACACAACACAAGACAACACAACACAACACAACACAAGACAACACAAGACAACCCACCCGAGCCCGCUACCGGCGGUGUCCACGGCCGUGGGCCGCUGCCGUGGAACCAUGUGGUGCGGCAGCAGUGUGUCGUCGUCGCCGAAUGGCAUGGCGCAACGUUCGUACCUUUGCAUUGUGUGGUAUUCUAUUCUAGUAUUUUGUAUAGACUCCCUCGAAAGGACCGCACCGGUUUGGUUUCGUUUCGUUUCGUCUAUUCGUGCGCAGUAUUUAAAAAAUUGUAUCAAAAUGGGUUCUUUCUUGGCGCCACCGGAUGGGAGCCCCGGUCUAGCCGUAGCAGUAAUCGUACCCCAGCGGGCAGGGAGCGGGGGCGUCCCGGUCGCGCCGGAGCGGUUCGUCGGUGUCCCAGCCCACGGUGGAGUGGUCGCUGACCAGGGCGCCGUCGUCGUCGUCGUCGUCGUUUUCGUUUUCGUUUCCGUCCCCCGGGACCGAGACGAUGCCGACGAGCCCGUGCGGGGCACGGUGGGGAUGCGGGUCCUCGUCGAUGGACAUGCUUCGGACCGACCGGGCCACCGCCGUUGGUGCUGUUGCCAUUGUUGCUGUUGCUGCCACUGUCGUUGUGGGAUAAAAGAAAAAGGCCGUCAGGCCAAAGUGGUGGAGGAGGCGCCGAAAGUCCCGGCGCUUGUGGGCGGGCACCUCCGGGGGCUCGACGAUCGGAUCGGAGGGGUCCUCGAUCUGCUUCAUGCGCAGAAAGUUGACAAUGGCUUCCAUCUGCUCGGGGUCGUGGUCCAGAAAGAUCCGUCCCUCCUCGUCGUAGUGGACCAGGGGCUUGGAGCGGGAGGGGUAGCCGGGGGGGCCCCCUGGGUUCUUCGAAAAGAUCCGGGUGAAGAGGGUGUCGCUCGGGGCCUGGCAGAGCGUGCUGCGGAGGACCUGGGGGAAGAUCCUGCCGCCGAUGUUCAGCUUGAUCAGGUCGUUCGCGCCUUCGUCGGGGGGCGGUGCCGUCGCUCCCGCUGCCCGUCUCGUGGGCACGGUGGGAGAGUUGUUCCGGGCGGUGGCGGUGGUCUGGAUCAUGGCGCAGCGGGGCAGGAGAAUUGGAUGGACAACUGGAUGGACAACUGGAUGGACAAUUGGACAAUUAGAUAAAACAAAAAUGGAUUCCAAGCCGCGUGGAUUGGACGGAUCAAAAAAACGGUGGAAGAAUCGAAGAGUGGAAGAACGGAAUGCCUCGUGCCUGUUUCGCUGUUUUAUGACACCCUCCCGCACCACUGCGAGUUUGUUUUGCAUCGCAUCGCAUCGUACCCAGUACCGCAUCACACAGCACCGCAUCACACAGCACCGCACCCAUCACCGAACCGAGGGAGCUUCACUUUCCGCUUCGCCCCCGUGAUGGUUCUGGGCUUCCGCAACACCAGGGCGCCACCGGGCCAUUCCCAGAGAAAAAAGAAUUCGAAUGCGGACCUAUAGGACGUCAGAAUC